UGGCCCGGCUGGGAUGCCAUCUCCAACAUGUUCACAUUUGGAGACUCUCUGACCACGACACGCUUCAAUCACCAUCAAGAGCAACCCAACCUCGCCAAUCCUUUUGGAAAUCCCCCCUGGCCAGGAAACAGCAGCUCCGCUGGCCCGGGCUGGGUCGCUUUCCUCACCGGCUGGUACAACGGCACGUUCAUACGAACCGCCAAUAUGGCGCGAGGCGGUGCAACGACCGACGAGAUCCUCAUCCCUCCCUUCCGUGCCAUCGGCCGCUCCUUCACCCAGCAAAUGUUCGACUGGUGGUGGCCUACGUAUGCCACGCAAGAAUCUACAAUGAACUGGGGCAGUCACAACACCCUCUUCGCCAUGUGGUUCGGCAGCAACGACGUCCUCACCAUGGUCGACGGCCGGCGCAACACGACCUCGACCCUCGAACCCGUCGUCGCAGCGUAUGCCCGCACCGUCGACCGCGCCUACUCCGCCGGCGCCCGCAACUUUCUCUUCCUCAACGUGGCGCCAUACGAUCGCAGUCCACAGUCCGAGACCGAGCAGGACGUUGCAAAGUUCAAGCACCACGCGGCCGUCUACAACAGCGCCCUCGAUCGCAUGGCGACCAAUCUCUCCGACACCUACUCCGACGCCAGCACCUUCGUCUUCGACGUCCACGCUCUCUGGGGCAGUAUCCUCGACAACCCUUGCGCCCACGAGCUCACGUGCGGCCUGCGCAAUCUGACCGCACCGUGUCUUGCAUACAACGGCCCCAUGUUACCAUCCGACACAUUCUUGCCCGAGUGCGGCGUGCCGAUCGGGCAGUACUUUUGGAAGGAUCGCGUGCAUCCGACGUACACGGUCAUGAAUGCGACGGCAAUGGAAAUUGCGAGGGUUUUGAGGGAG